AAGAGCAGAAGAUGCCGCUAAUGCUCUACUUAAGAUUACGAACCGCCAAUAAAUAUGAAGAAGAAGAGACACGAACAUCAAGCGCUGUUUUAGUUUGUUGAUUCUUCUCUCCGUGUCCUGUGUUGAUGAUGAGAUGGAUGUGAUUUGUUGUAAAUCAGACGAAACUGAUGAGGGUUUACAGGAUGAUGAAUCUACUUAUCAAACCUCCAUAGAGACUCUGGAUUCUGUCUAUAACGCUGGAGAACAGCAGCAGAUCCUGCAGACCAAACUCAAGAUGUGUUCAGUUAAACUCAUCGACUGCACGAACCUCAUGACGAAGAUUACAACUGAACCUACAGAAAUAAAAACUGAACCUACAGAAAUAAAAACUGAACCCACAGAAGAGGAAGAUCACACUGAUGAGAAUAAGGAGGACGACGAUGAUUUUAUUCCUGAUGUAAAGAGUGAGUCCGGUUCUAAUGAAGAAACGUCAUCAAAAGAGCUGACAGCACAAACUCUUUCCUGCAUCACCUGUGGAAAGAUGUUCAGCUCACAGAGACAUUUAGAGAGACAUGAGAGAAAACACACAGAACAGAAACUCUUAACCAGAUCUGAGAUCAGCUUUACUACCUUACAAGAGAAGAAACUUCAUUCAGAAGAGCACAAAGAGAAGAAGAAGAUUCACUGUCAGCAGUGUGGGAAAGAUUUUGACUUCUUAUAUCAGCUGAAAAGACACAUGAGGACACACAGUGGUGAAAAACCUUUCAACUGCACCAAAUGUGGCAAAUAUUUCAGCACCAAACAAAAUCUUGAUAUUCAUAAGAGCAUUCACACAGGAGAAAAACCAUACAAGUGUUCUCACUGUGAAAAGAGAUUCAGACAUAAAAGCCACAUGAGGAGACACACGCGUUUGCACACCAAUGAGAGACCGUAUCAGUGCAGUCAAUGUGACAAAUGUUUCAUUGCCAAAGAAUAUCUUGUUGUUCAUCAGAGAGUUCACACUGGAGCAAAACCGUAUUACUGUAAUGUUUGUGAGAAGAGUUUUAAACAAUAUGGCAGUUUAGUGACGCACCAGAGAAUUCAUACAGGUGAAAAACCAUACAAGUGUACUUACUGUGAGAAGACGUUUGCUCGGUCAUGUUCUUUAAAAAUCCAUGUGAGAGUUCACAGUGGCGAGAAACCUUACGUCUGCUCUCAAUGUGGAAAGAGCUGUACUGAUUCAUCUCAUUUGAGAGUUCAUCUGAGAAUUCACACUGGAGAGAAACCUUACAUCUGCUCUCACUGUGGAAAGAGCUUCUCUACUUCAGUUAGUUUGAAAGGUCAUGAGAGAGUUCACACUGAGGAAAAUCCUCAUCACUGUAGUGUUUGUGGGAAGAGUUUCAGUCGACGUGGCUAUUUAGUUUUACACCAGAGAAUUCAUACAGGUGAAAAACCUUACAAAUGCUCUCAGUGUGGGAAGACGUUUGCUAAGUCAAGUCACUCUAAAAUCCAUGAGAGAAUUCACACUGGAGAGAAACCUUACGUCUGCUCUCAAUGUGGAAAGAGCUUCACUACUUCAACUCAUUUGAGAGUUCAUCAGAGAGUUCACACCGGAGAGAAACCUCAUCACUGCAGUGUUUGUGGGAAGAGUUUUAAUCAAUUUGACAGUUUAGUGAAACACCAGAGAACUCAUACAGGUGAAAAACCUUACAAAUGCUAUCACUGUGAGAAGACGUUUACUCAGUCAUGUUCCUUAAAAAUCCAUCAGAGAGUUCACACUGGAGAGAAACCUUACGUCUGCUCUCAAUGUGGAAAGCGCUUCACUACUUCAUCUCAUUUGAGAGUUCAUCUGAGAGUUCACACUGGAGAGAAACCUCAUCACUGCAGUGUUUGUGGGAAGAGUUUCAGUCGAAAUGGCAGUUUAGUGAAACACCAGAGAACUCAUACAGAUUAAAGACUUUACAUAAGACGUGUACUGGGUCAGGUUACUUAAAAGCUGUGUUAAUUUUCAGGAAAUAAAAACUAACAUGGCUUAGCAAAUAAUAUUUAG